AUGUCUUUGAGUACGCGUGGCCAAAGCUACCUGCAGAACCCAGAAUGGUUCGGCCCCUUGAUGGAGUGCAUUCGUCUCUCCAUGGCCCCCGUCAAGCGUCCCGAGGAUAAGGUUCUCAACUUGGCCGUCGCCGAGAAUACCCUCUGCCAUGACGAGAUGGAAGCCAAGCUUCAAGAGAUUCGUGCUGCCCAACCCAUCACGCGUGACCUCUUUAGCUACUAUCAGAUGGAGGGUAUUCAGGAACUUCGGUCUGCCCUCGCUGACCAUUUCAACCGCUACCUCUAUCUCAGCCAGAAGCGUCCCGCGACUGCUGAAGAGUUUAUCGUGGGUAACGGUUGCGGUCCUCUGAUUGAAAGCGUCGUGUCCUGCCUGGCCGAUGCCAAUGAUGUGGUUCUAGUGCCAGCACCCUACUACCACGCCUUUGCUCUUGACCUAUGCAAGCGCAUCGGCUGCGUUAUCGCCCCGGUGGCCGUCGAGAUGCCCGAGGGUGGUGAGCCACAAUUGACGGUGGAGGCCAUCCAGACAGCCUAUGAUGCCGCCCAGGCUGCUGGCCAGCAAGUGCGCGCGCUGAUUUUUACCAACCCCAACAAUCCCACUGCCACAGACCAUCGCCUCACGUGGCUCACCGAUAACUUAGGGACCAUCUUUCCUCGUGAAACUGUGGCUGAUGCCAUCCGCUUUUGCCUCGACCAUCAACUCCACUUUGUGUCUGACGAAAUCUACGCCAUGUCCACCAUGGCGGGCUCAGACAAGUUUGCUUCGGCUCAUGAAGUGGCCCUGAAUGAUCUGCAAGCCCCUGAUGGCUGGGAGCGUCUUGUUCAUGUCAUGUGGGGGGCCUCCAAAGAUUUUGGUCUGAAUGGCCUUCGCAUCGGGGUACUGCACAGCUGCAAUGCAGAUCUCCGCAAUGCGCUCGCCAGCACCGGCAUGUUCUUUUCAGUCCCAGCCGCUGUUCCUGGUAAGCUCACAAGCCUGAGGCUCAAACAUUGCUUAGAUAUCCAACUGUUGUUUGCUCGUAUGCUGCAAGACAAGGCGUUUGUUGAGAAUUAUGUGGAGCUGAACCGUCGCCGCAUCGCCGAAGCCUAUGAAACGGUGGCAGCCUUUUUGGAGAGCGAGGGCUUUACGCGCGUGUUGCGCGGCGAAGGUGCCAUGUUUGUCUAUUUUAAUGCCCGCUAUCUCCAGGGUCGUCCAGUGGAAGAGUGGACUCUGGAGCGUGAGCGUGAGGUCUGGGUGCGCAUGCUCCGGGAGCAGCGCGUCAUGCUACAGCCAGGUCUUGUGUUCGACCAUGCCGAACGCGGUUGGUUCCGCUUGUGCUAUACCUGCGCCUCCACCGACGUGAUCAUCACUGCCAUCAAGCGUGCCCUCAAGAUCCUCAAGGAACCCCCGAUUCGUCGUUUGUAA